AUGGGAGGAGUGCAGGACGAGGAAAGAGCGCGGCGCGACGGAGGAGCGUGGCGAGGGAAGAGUGUAGGGCGUGGUUCAUUUCACUUCUUCACGUUUUCCUUGAAUUACUCCCUGCCUUCUCUCUCCCUUGAAGAUGUGACGUCCUCCACUGUUGCCGCCGCCGCUGUCGCCGCCGCCGCGGCUGACGUUGCACGAGCUCCCUCCAUCGCCCUCAUCGCAUUUGCUCCCUUCAUUGCCGUUGUCGUACGAGCUCUCUCCACCGUGCUCUUAUCUUACGAGCUCCUUCCGUCGCCGCUCUCGUCGCUGCUUCUUCUCUCCUCGCCGGAGGUUUGUCAUCAUCUCUUCUCGUCGCCAUUAGUUCAGGUUUUAGGGAAGAAGAAAGAGCGAAAAAGAAUGGGUGAGGAGAAUAUGCUGCUAUCUCUCAGGUAUUGUUUCACUAUUGACUCUCUUUCUGAUGAAAUUAGCUCAUUCUCAUAGUAAUAGGUGCAU